AUGGCCGUGGAAAUCGAAUCGACAGAUGUCAUAAGGCUCAUUGAGCAAUUUCUAAAAGAGAAUGGAUUGACAAGAACAUUGUCAGUACUGCAAGAAGAAACAGGAAUAUCAUUGAACACAGUUGAUUCUGUAGACAGCUUUGUAUCAGACAUCAACAAUGGCCACUGGGAUACAGUACUGCAAGCCAUACAAUCCCUCAAGCUGCCUGAUCAAAAACUUAUUGAUCUGUAUGAACAGAUUGUUCUAGAACUGAUAGAGUUGAGAGAAUUGGGAGCAGCAAGAUCUUUGUUGAGACAAACUGAUCCCAUGGUUAUGAUGAAACAACAGUAUCCAGAUAGAUAUCUUCAUUUAGAGAACAUGCUGAGUAGAUCUUUUUUUGACCCAAGAGAGGCCUAUCUAGAGGGACAAUCAAAGGAGCGAAGGAGGGUGGCCAUAGCACAGGCCCUAGCAGGAGAGGUGAAUGUGGUACCCCCCGCCAGACUUCUAUCUCUGCUGAGCCAGUCACUCAGCUGGCAACGCCACCAGGGCCUCCUUCCACCUGGAACAACCAUCGAUGUCUUCAGGGGAAAGGCAGCUGUGAAGGAACAGGAGGAGGAAAAAUACCCAACACAACUUUCUAGGGCUCUCAAGUUUGGCCAAAAAGCUCAUGUUGAGUGUGCUCGAUUCUCACCAGAUGGCCAAUAUUUGGUUACCGGAUCAGUUGAUGGCAUCAUCGAGGCUCAAGACAAUUUUAUGCUGAUGGAGGAGGCAGUCCUAUGCCUGAACUUCAGCAGAGAUUCUGAAAUGCUGGCUUCAGGUGGACAAGAUGGAAAAAUUAAGGUGUGGAAAGUUCUGACAGGUCAGUGUUUGAGAAAAUUGGAUAGGGCACACUCGAAGGGCAUCACAUCAAUCUACUUCUCCAGGGACAACAGCCAGCUGCUCACUGCAUCAUUUGAUAUGGUCAUCAAGAUAUUUGGAUUGAAGUCAGGUAAAGCUUUAAAAGAAUUUAGAGGACACACGUCGUUUGUGAAUGAUGCCAUUUUCAGUUAUGAUAUGCACCAGAUCAUCAGCACCAGCUCAGAUGGUACAAUAAAGAUAUGGAACAUCAAAACUACGGAGUGUUCAAGUACACACAAAUCAUUUGGUGGUGCUUCAGGUGUUGAUGUUACUGUUCACAGUGCACAGUUGCUUCCUAAAAAUACUGAACAAUUUGUUGUAUGCAAUCGAUCCAACACCGUCGUCAUUAUGAACAUGCAAGGCCAAAUUGUAAAAAGUUUUUCAAGUGGUAAAAGAGAAGGUGGAGAUUUUGUGUGCUGCACGUUGUCGCCCAGAGGUGAAUGGCUCUAUGUCAUUGGAGAGGAUCGAGUUAUGUACUGCUUCAGUUUACUUACGGGAAAACUUGAAAGAACACUUAACAUUCAUGAGAAAGACGUCAUAGGCAUUGCUCAUCAUCCUCAUCAGAACCUCAUUGCCACAUUUUCAGAAGAUGGAAUAUUGAAGUUGUGGAAACCUUAA